UGGGUAAAGGUGAGGCUGUAACAGUGUGAUGUUGGUUAUCCAUCCAGAGAGAUACUCGAUCAUCAGGAAACUACGGCGUCAAAUUUCCCCUCCACUAAAGAUGUGAUGGAAGUUGCGUGAAACCGAAUCUCUGCUCUGAAAUCCAUGGGGGAGAACGUGGAUGUCAAGGCCCUAAGGGCUAAAUUUGCACAGACACAACUAGAAAAGGCCAUCACUGGAGGUGGACCUUCUCCACGAUCUUCUGCGAUUGGCCAUGUGUCCUCAUCACCCAACGGAGUGGUCCGAAAUAAACCUUCACCUGUAAUGCCUCCGAGGCAAAUUCUUCCAAUGAACUCCACUGGAGAACCCAAGAGGAAUGUGCAGCCUCCACAUGGAGUGUACCCCAGACCUCCGCCUGCUCACCGUAUGGGAGCCAAGGAGGAGCAUAUGACACCCCUCAUACAGCCUGAGGUCCCAGGCAGAAUAAAACAUACAGGGGAGCUCCUCCAGAACAGGAUGCUCAAGCACCAUGGCGAGAGGACAGUCCAUUCAUCUCCCAGACAUCCACUGCCCAGCCAGAGGAGCAUUUCUGAAGUGGCACCCCUGAGAAAGCCCCUUCCUGCUGUCGGGCAGCGACCUUCCAAGCCCAAAAGACCUUCAUCUGUCAACCUAGAUCACUGGCGGAAAAAGACUGCAUCAUUUCAACCACCAGUACAACAACAGGCUAUAAGUUCUAAAGCACCAGGACGGCCACCAAAUAAACCCACCAUGCUCACACAAAAUAAAUCUUCAUUUUCAAAGAAAAGCGUUGAUCAUGAAGAGGAGACAUAUGACGACAUCGAUUUGCCCCCACCUCCACCUCCUCCUCCAAAGAUGUUCUCUAGAGAAUCAGGAACUGACAGUUUCUCAUCUCUGGCUGAAGAUGACAGUGAUCAAAGUGAAAUUUAUGAGCAUAUUGAUUUGGAUGAACCGCCGCCCGUCUCAGAGAAUAAGAAACCAAAGGAUCUUAAACGACAGCAAGAACUGGAAAGGAAAGAGCAAAAGGAAAAGCUGAAAAAAGAAAACGAAAACAGAAAAAGAUUCAAACUGACUGGAGACGUGGAGGUGCUGCACAUGGCUCGGGUGAGGGAGGACUGGCAGGGAGGGAAGAAUGACCUGCGUGUGCGGCAGGGCGAGAGCAUAGAGAUUGUCAGGGUGAAGAAUAAUCCGGAGGGAAAGUGGCUGGCACGGAACAUGAAUGGAGAUUACGGUUACAUCAGUAACAGAUGUGUUGAUGUGGAUUAUGAAGAAGUAAAGAGGAAGCUGCUGCUCAAUGCCACACCCUCUUCCUUUUCUCCUCAAGUUCACGAAGACGAAGAGGUUUAUGAUGACAUCGGCGCAGAAUCCCUGAAUAGCUUUUCUAUGGGUGGUGAGGUAUAUGAUGAUGUAGAUGCCAUACCAGAUGAAUUCCCCCUCCCCCCACCUGAGAUAUGCCCUGAUCCUAAGAAGAGUAAGAAGCAGGAGAAGGAGGAGAAGGAGUUUAGGAAAAAGUUUAAGUUUGAUGGGCCCAUCAAGGUUCUCUGUUGCAUGAUGGUGGACCCGAAUGCUAAUAUAAAGAAGGGCAGUGGAAAGGACCUGCCUGUCAGUCGGGGAGAGAUUCUGGAUGUUAUUCAGCAGACCAACGAGAAGAGAGUGCUGUGCCGCAACCUACAGGGCAAAUAUGGAUACGUGCUCAGAAGUUACCUUCUACAGGAUGAAAGUGAAAUUUAUGAUGACAUCGACAACAGGACAGAUAUUUAUGAUAAUGAUGCAAGCACAUCUGGACAUUUUAGAUCAUAACAGCCCGGAACAGAACACUGUACAGAACCAUUCUCGAAAAAGUGGACAUAAAAAGGAACUCAAACAAAGCUGAGAUACACUGAGACAAUGCAUACUUCAAGAAAUUUCUCACUCCAGACAGGAAUGACAAAGAAAAUGGAGUGACCAUGCUUGGCCAAUUAAAGCUUUUUGUAUAUGAAUAAAUAAAUGCAUAUUUUAAAUAAAGAACUGGCCUUUUUCUUUAUUGCUAAUACUAUGUUAGUAUUUACUAUUGAGUGAGAGCUUUUUUUAGCGUUUUUAAAGUAAGCCAGCUCUGGUCACCUCUCCAUGGGUGUGGGCUGUGGAGGCCUGUAAAAGUGCCCAGCUGGGCUAAUCAUUCUAUUUCACUCAGCUGGGCAGCUUUGAGCCAGGCCCUGUGGUGUCAUGACGUGGAUUGCAGUUCUCUGGCCUCGAUCCAUGACAGUACAUCAUUGUAACAUAAUUUUUUUAAAGCAGUUGUGUACCAUUUCUGUUUCUACAAUUAAACUGUUUACACCAGCUGGUGUUUUCUAAUAAAUCAGUAAAUACACUGUUCAAAAUGUUAGCUAUUCCUUUGUUGGUAUGGUGGCUUUUAACUUGAGACUCCAUCUCCCAACACUGUCCACUAAGAUUUAAAACUAAACCUGUUUGUUUGGUGUUCUGGCCUCUGUAGACCGGCAAAACACAAACGCUGACCCACACAGUGACAUAGUAAUAUUGUGGCAUAGUUGUGCUCCCAUGAUGCUUUGGGGAGGCCUUGAUAUUUCAGGUUUUGUUUUGUUAGUUUGUGAGAUGUUUUUGUGUGGUUAGUUUUGCAGACAUCCCAAGUUGCAAAAGUUGAUUUCAGGGAGGCCAAUCUGUCUAAUUUUCCAUUACAUCUUUGUCAUUAGCUCUUUAGUGAGUUAGUUUAGUUCUCUUGUGUCACUGGUUUUGUUCCCAUUAUAUAUAUUAAAAGGUACACAGUAAAUACCUCCACAGAACAACCUAAAGAGAAGGUUGGGUAAGAAAAUUCCCCUCCAACUUUUUGAUGACUCUCUAUUUGACCACAAGGGGGAAAAAAUAGUAAAUUUAAUUAGAAUUUUAGGUAAAUUUUAUAUACACAAAACUAAAUUAGCUAAAAAUAUACACUUAUUCCAUUUUUGUUUAUUCAGACUUAAAUAAUUAUAUACACUUAAUGACUACUUUUCAAUAAUUUAAAUAUAACAAAAUGUCAUAAAUACAUCAAUAUUUUGAAGCUUUUCAAUUGUAUUUGAAUCCCACUUUUCUUUUUUUCUGUUUGUUUUGCUUGUUAAGAUUUGUUGUUUGUUUUUGUUUUGAUCUGCCUGUGAUUUUGGUUGUAUAUGAUGUGUAUUUGACCUAUUAUUGUGUCUAUUUAAUGCUGUUGGAUUGUAUUGUAUACAAAAUAAAUAAAACAAAUAUUAUUCAAUUAAAAAAAAAAUGUCAUGUGACACUGUGACAUAGGAGUGUUCCCAUAUGAUGCUUUGGGGUGGCCUUGAUCCUGAAGAACUAAUUUCACUACACUGUGUACCUGUACUCAGUUGUACUGACAAUAAAAGCCUCUUGACUCUU